AUGAGUGCAUGGCAGCAUAUAAACCAAAUGAAUAUUGCUGUUAACACGUUUCCUUCCUUUCUUGCAGCAGCCACCGUUUGUUAUGGUAAAUAUGGCUGCUUCUCCGACAAUCAUCCAUUCGACAGUUCCCUAAUCGCCUUACCGUCACACCCGGAAACCAUCGGCACAAAAUUCAUUUUAUACACAGGGGCAAACGCCCUUAAGAACAAGGAAGUUCUUAGCGUUGACAUCAACUCCUCAAUUAUCAACUCUACAUUUGAACCCUCAAGAAAAGUCAAGUUUAUUAUCCAUGGAUUUACUCAAAGCGGCCAGAGUGAAUGGGUCAAGAAAAUGGUCCUUGAAUUUCUCAAAAAGGAACCAAUGAACGUUAUUGUUGUAGACUGGGGACUAGGAGCCAGUGUCUUAAACCUGUACGACAUCGCGGCCGGAAAUACCCGCCUUGUUGGAGUACAAUUGGCUGAAUUGAUGGACGCGCUUAACCGGACGUUUGGGGUGGCAUUGAAGAAGUUUCACAUCAUUGGACACAGCUUGGGUGCACAAAUAGCUGGAUUCGCAGGUGAAAAACUGAGACAAAGUGGGAAAGUAAUAGGACGAAUUACAGGUACAGUUUCAUAACACUACACUCACUUCUGAUUGGUUUGUUCUCGUAAGGCGUUAGCAUGUUUUCACCAGGAAAUCUUCUUCUCCUUAGUUUUCUAGCAUGCAUGUGCCAAAUAAUAUUAAGUGGUGACUAUGCAAGUAAAUUUUACUAAGCACUACUUUCCAAAGGUGCCGUUUAUCUUAUCCUCAAGAGUUUCUCUAACUCUUUGAGUCUGGGUAGAAUUCUAAAAAUAGACCAUUCAAGUGAAAGCUACUGAGCAGUACUUUCCUAUGGUAUGGUUAUUAUGCUGUACAAGAUGUUUAGACUGAGGAUGAAAUCCUAAAGUGUGACCAUUUAAAUGAAAUCUGUUGAGCAGCACUUUCUUGUGGGUACUGUUUGCUGUACAAGGUUGUUCUGACACUUUUGAGGCUUUGGAUCGGACGAAAUCCUUAAGUGUGACCAUUUAAAUGAGACCUACUGGGCAGCAUGUUCAUGCGGUACAGUUUAUUAUGCUGUAUUCAAAGUGACAAUGUUUUUAUUAAGCUAUUUUGGUUAAAUUCCUUCAGUGUUAGUAUCUUUAGCUGUAAUUUUUUAUUGUUCUUGUAACUCAUUGACUAUUUUUAAAUCAACACACAGGUCUAGAUCCUGCCGCCCCAGGAUUUGAUUUCGAUGACGCAGUUAUCAGACUUGACCCAAGUGAUGCAAUGUUUGUUGAUGUCAUUCAUAGUGACGUAAGAGAUAGCGCUCUCAGUAAAGCUCUAGGAUUACAGCGGCCUUGUGGUCACGUGGAUUUUUACCCCAAUGGCGGGAAACACCAGCCUGGAUGUGACACAUCAGACGUCAUAGGAGGUAACAAUAGGAUGCAUUAGGCUAUGAUGAGAUUUUGGGAGUUUGAUCUUCACUACAUCUCGUCAACUGAGAUCAAAAUAGUGGGUCGAAGGCUCUAGAUGUGAAGACACUAGAAUGACAACAAAUAGAAUGCAAGGCUUAUCGGUUAACUCGUUGUGUAUAUAGUUAUCUUUUUAUACAAUUGCUCUAAGAAUGAUAAUUUCAUUUGGUCCGAGAACUCGUCGUUCGGAGCAAAAGGCCGAGGAGUUCUACGUCUACAAAAGCUUAGAAUGCUUAUGCGCAGUAGAACCGGAAGUUCCGAAGCACCAGCAUUCCUGAUCAUAUAUAAGGGUGUACAUUGAAAGUGUUCGUAACUGCAAGGUUUGCACAACAUAAAAGUUGAUUCGUGGCAAUACAAAAAUAGUGUACAAGGGCGGAUUUAGGGGUGGGCCUAGGAGGCCCCCCCCCCCCUUUGUGGGUUAUUAAAUAUUUCAGCAUUACAUGUUCAAUGUGGAAUCCAGGCAUUUGCUAAAUUUAAGCAUCCAAAAUGCACUAGAUUGCAUCUCGGCUUCUUAAAAUCUUAUUGAGCAAUCACUUCAAUCUCAAAAAUUUUCCCGGAGAAGCAUGCGCACGAAAUUCCCGCGAAAAGUGCGCCGUUCGCACUAUCGCGCCCAUAUUGCCACUGUAUACUAUAUCUCUAGGCCCCCUCUAUCACAAAAUCCUCCGUCCGCCCUUGGUGUAGCCACAUUACUACAGUUCACAAGUGCUGAAACCCACCUUCGCAAGACAGCCAACUAUCCUCUUAAAUGAAAAUGUGGAAUUAUAGCUAUUUCAUAUUUGAUCUGUUUUCCAGGUGCAGUGGGUUCCUUCUUGGACAAUGCGCAAGUUUCUUUGCCAGGGAUUGUGGCCUGCAAUCACAUGAAGUCAGUGGCUUAUUUCACUGCGUCAAUCAGUAACGUGUGCACAAUGACGGCCUUCCCAUGUGGCAGUUGGCGAGACUUCCAGAAAGGAAAAUGCUUGUCUUGUGAAGGCGCUUGCCCACAAAUGGGAUACAAUGCUGACCAAUAUCGUACUAACAAGACCAUAUUAGCAUUUCUGACAACAGACGAAAACGAGCCAUUCUGUGGUAUGUUGUAA